AUGGUUACAAAUAAAUCAUAUCAAGCAUCUAAUUCUGAAAUUGAUUCUAUUCGUCAACGUCCAGCAUCACAUAAAUCGAGUGUACCAUCAGAUUCAAUUCCAAGUAUUGCAUAUACUGAUGAAAUAACACUUAAACGACAUCUUAAUUUAUGGUCUGGAGUAUGUUUUAUUGUUGGUAUUACGAUUGGUUCAGGUAUAUUUGUUUCGCCUAAAGGUGUUUUAAAAUAUACUGAAUCAGUUGGUUUAUGUUUAACAAUUUGGGUAGUAAGUGGACUUGUUGCUCUACUUGGUGCACUUUGUUUUGCAGAAAUUGGUACUGUAAUACCAAGAAGUGGAGCAGAACUUGCUUAUAUGAAAGAAGGUAUCGGUUCUGUUCAUGAGCGAACUGGUGACAUAUUAGCAUAUCUAUUCAAUUGGACAAAUACACUUAUUCUUAAACCAGCAAGUGCAGCUGUUCUUACAAUGACUUUUGCUGAAUAUUUUCUAUCUGGUAUUAUGGAUUCUUGUGGUCCACCAGAUGAACUUGUCAAAAUCACAUCGAUCUUUACACUUCGUAUUGUAUCGGCAGCUAAUCGAUUAAAUAUUAUGUUUGUAAUAUGUAAAGUAGUAACAAUUUUAACAGUUAUUGUAGUUGGUAUUGUACGAAUUGCACAAGGACAUACAGAAUAUUUACAAAAUGGAUUUGAUGGUACAACAAUAAAACCAUUAAGUAUUGCACUUGCUUUUUAUGCUGGUUUAUGGGCAUAUGAUGGAUGGAAUUGUUUAAAUUCAAUCACAGAAGAAUUAAAAAAUCCACAGAGAAAUCUAUGGUUAUCAAUAGUAUUAGCAUUACCAUCUGUUAUUAUUCUUUAUCUUCUUACAAAUAUUUCUUAUUUUACUGUAAUGAAUAAAGCAGUUUUACUUAGUUCAAAUGCUGUUGCUGUUACAUGGGGUGAAUUUGUAUUAGGACGAAUUGCAGGACAUGCUCUACCUAUACUUAUAUCAAUAAGUGCAUUAGGAAGUGCUAAUGGAUCAUUAUUUUCAAGUGCUCGUUAUUGUAUGGUUGGUGCUCAAUAUGGAUAUUUACCAGAAAUUUUUUCAUAUAUUCAAAAAACACGAUUAACACCAUUGCCUAGUAUUGUUCUUCAAGGAGUUAUAUCAAUAAUAUUUUGUAUUCCAAGUAAUAUCGAUGGAUUGAUUGAUAUUUUUAGUUUUUCUGCAUGGAUUUUUUAUGGUUUAACAUUUGUAGCAACACUUUGUUGUAAAUUUACAAUGAAAAAAGCUAAACGAGUAAUUAGUGUUCCUAUACCACUUAUUAUUCUUAUUAUUCUUAUAUCAAUUUAUUUGGUUAUUGCACCUGUUAUUGUUAAUCCAUGUAUGGAAUUUCUUAUAGCUUCAUUUCUCAUUCUUUUUGGUAUGGUAUUUUAUUAUCCAUUUGUAUACUAUCGAGUAGAAUUAGAAUGCAUUAAAAAAAUGACAAAAUUUUUUGAAGAUUUUUUCGAUAUGAAAAUAGCAAUAAUAACUAUGUCAUUGAAUUCAUCUAGGACUGAUAUUGAUUCUAUUCAUCGUCGUCAAAGUAAUUCAUCUAUAAUUCAAAAACGACAUUUAACAAAUGAAAUAUUCAAUAAACAAGAUUCAUUAAAUGAUGUCUUAUCAACAGAUGAUAUAGCACUUAAAAGACAUUUAGGUCUAUUUUCAGGAGUUUGUUUUAUUGUUGGCAUGAUUAUUGGUUCGGGUAUAUUUGUAUCACCUAAAGGUGUUUUACGUGGAACACAAUCAAUUGGUUUAUGUUUAAUUAUUUGGAUUGCAUCUGGUCUUGUUUCUUUACUUGGUGCAUUAUGUUAUGCAGAAAUCGGUGCUGUUAUACCAAGAAAUGGUGCAGAAAUAGCUUAUAUGAAAGAAGGUAUUGGUUCAAUACAUGAACGAAUUGGUGAAAUAUUAGCAUAUCUAUUCAAUUGGACAAGUACACUUAUUCUCAAACCUGCAAGUAUAGCUGUUCUUACACUUACAUUUUCACAAUACUUUUUAUCUGGUAUUUUUAUAGAUUGUGAUCCACCAGAAGAACUUGUUAAAAUAACAGCUGUUUUUGCUAUUCUAACAACUAUUGUAACAGUUAUCAUAGUUGGUAUUGUAAGAAUGGCACAAGGAUAUACACAAAAUUUACAAAAUGGAUUUGAAGGUACAACAACAAAACCCUUAAGUGUUGCACUUGCUUUUUAUUCUGGUCUAUGGGCAUAUGAUGGAUGGAAUGGUUUAAAUUCUAUAACAGAAGAAUUAAAAAAUCCUGAAAGAAAUCUAUGGUUAUCAAUAGUAUUAGCAUUACCAUCUAUUAUUAUUCUUUAUCUUCUUACAAAUAUUUCUUAUUUUACUGUAAUGAGCAAAGUAGAAUUGCUUAGUUCAAAUGCUGUUGCUGUAACAUGGGGUGAAGUUGCAAUAGGUCCUGUUGUACGUGCUCUACCUAUACUUAUAUCAAUAAGUGCAUUAGGUAGUGGUAAUGGAGCAUUAUUUUCAAGUGCUCGUUAUUGUAUGGUUGGUGCUCAAUAUGGAUAUUUACCUGAAAUAUUUGCUUGUAUUCAUAAACAACGAUUAACACCAGUACCUGGUAUUGUUCUUGAGGGUCUUAUUGCUAUAGCUUUAUGUAUGCCAAGUAACAUCGAAGGACUUAUUGAUUUUUUUAGUUUUGCUGCAUGGAUUUUUUAUGGUGUAACAUUUUUAGCAACACUUUUCUGUAAAUUUACAAUGAAAAAAGCUAAACGAGUAAUAAAUGUUCCAAUACCAUUAAUUAUUAUUAUUAUUCUUAUUGCAAUCUAUUUGGUAUUUGCACCUGUUAUUGCUGAUCCAAAUAUUGGAUUUCUUAUAGCUUCUCUUAUUAUUCUUUUUGGUUUAAUAUUUUAUUAUCCAUUUGUUUAUCGUAAAAUAGAAGUAAAUAUUAUAAAAAGAAUUAAUCAAUUUUUAAUAACAUUCUUUCAAUUACAAAUAGCACAAGUGAAUCUUUAA